AUGCCCGAGGACAGUGCAGGCGACAACGAGAAACGUAUCUUGCCGUACGACGAAAAACCCAUCUCGACCGGUGUCGAGCCAUUCGAUGGUAGGCAGGACCAGUUUGAUGAGUACGAUGUCGCCGCACCAUUUCUUGCCAACAUUGCAUCACGGGAGGAUGGGGCUGCCUUGCUCGCCCCAUGGACACCAGAGGAGGAGAAGCGCGUGCGCCGCAAGAUCGACUUGGUGGUUCUCACAACCCUGUUCUUCUGCACGCUCAUGAGCGGAACGGACAAGGUAGUGCUUGGUACUGCGGCGACGUUUGGACUGCGCACCGACCUCAACCUCGUUGGACAACAGUAUAGCUGGGCCAACUCUAUGCUGAGCCUGGGCAUGAUAGCCAUGAUGUUGCCGCAGUGCUACUUUGCGCAGCGGUACAACCUCAUCGGCAAGCUUUACGCGGCCAAUGUCGUCGGCUACGGAAUCGUCAUGUUUGGCAUGAGCGGUGUCAAGGACUACCGUGGUCUCUGGGCGUGCCGUUUCUUCCUCGGCACCCUCGAGGGCGGCAACCCCAGCCUCGGCGGACUACUGAUCUCGAUGUGGUGGCGACGCGGCGAGCAGAACUUGCGAGCAGCCAUCGUGUACUCGACCCUCUCGAGUGUCGUCAAUGGCCUGUUGUCGUACGCGAUGCAGUUCUACAACCCCGGCCCAAUCGGACGCUGGCGCCUCCUCUUCAUCGUCAUGGCGUGCUGGAGCGUCAUGACCGGCAUAGUCGCUCUGGUCUUCCUUCCCAACAACCCAACCGAGGCUUGGUGGAUGACCGAUAGAGAAAAGGUUAUUGCAGUCCGCCGUGUGGCCGACAACAACACAGGCGUAACCAGCCGCCGCGUCAAACGUUCCCAGAUCAUCGAGGCACUUACGGACCCCAAGACAUGGGUCCUGUGGCUGUGUACAUGCUGCCUCAACCUCCCGAAUGCCGGUCUAGUCGGCUUCAACUCGAUUAUCGUCCAGAGUCUCGGAUACAGCGUCAAGGAAGUGACGCUUCUCGCCAUCCCCACUGGCGUGAUUAGCUGGGCUGCAGCCCUCGUCAUUGCCUUUGCGUCCCAGCGCUCCCGUCGACCGGUGGUAUGUAUCGUCGCUGGCGUCCUCGUAUGUCUCGCCGCCGUCAUUAUGCUACACACCAUCCCGCGGAGCAACAGAUCCGCCUCCCUCGGCGCCCUCUUCCUUCUCUUUUGCUACUGGGGUCCCAACGUCGCCGUCGGCUCAUACCUCAUCUACGCCAACGUCGCUGGGGCAACUAAGAAAGUCACAGUCUUCAGCCUCAUCCAGAUCGCAUACUGCGUCGGUAACCUCGUUGGUCCCCAGAGUUUCCGCGCCAAUGAGUCACCAACGUACCACUCCGCAAUCACCACCAUGCUGUGCGGGUACUGUGUCGCCAUCAUCCUGCUUGGCAUUUACGGCUUCCUGUGUGCGCGCGACAACAAGCGGCGAGACAGGGCACAGUGUGAGAUGGACGAGGUGGACUCGAACGUUGCAAAGGAGUGGCAGGACCUUACGGAUAAGCAGAAUCCCGCGUUCAGGUACACGUGGUAG